UACGCGUACGAAACAUAUAUAGUCAUGUGACAAACAAAAUGGCAGAUGUCUACAGAAGAGUCGGAUGAAAGAUUUAGUGAAAAUAUUUCAAAGUAUUUUUAAAGCAAUUUUGGUUUAUAGAAAAGUCACGCAUAAUCAUGAAGAAAAAGGUGUUAUUGAUGGGUAAGAGUGGAUCAGGGAAGACAAGUAUGAGGUCCAUUAUAUUUGCAAAUUAUAUUGCCAGAGAUACUAGAAGACUAGGAGCCACAAUUGAUGUUGAGCAUUCUCAUGUACGUUUCCUGGGAAACCUUGUACUUAAUUUAUGGGACUGUGGAGGUCAAGAGGCUUUCAUGGAGAAUUAUUUUGCUAGUCAACGAGACAACAUCUUCCGGAAUGUUGAAGUGCUGAUCUAUGUGUUUGAUGUAGAGAGUCGGGAAUUAGAGAAAGAUAUGCAUUAUUACCAGUCAUGUUUAGAGGCUAUUUUGCAGAACUCACCUGAAGCCAAGGUCUUCUGUCUCAUACAUAAAAUGGACCUUGUUCAAGAUGAUCAGAGGGAAUUGAUUAUUCGAGAGAGAGAGGAUGACCUAAAACGCCUUUCAAAACCUUUAGAGUGUACAUGUUUUGCAACGUCAAUAUGGGAUGAGACAUUAUAUAAGGCAUGGUCAUCAAUUGUUUACCAGCUUAUACCUAAUGUAAAACAGUUAGAGAACACAUUAGCUAACUUUACGGGUAUCAUUGAUGCUGAUGAAGUUUUACUCUUUGAGAAAGCAACAUUUUUGGUCAUAUCACACUGUGAACGAAAACAGCACAAAGACAUUCAUAGAUUUGAGAAGAUCAGUAAUAUAAUCAAACAGUUUAAACUGAGUUGUAGUAAGUUAGCUGCCUCAUUUCAAAGUAUGGAAGUUAGAAACUCACGUUUUGCUGCCUUUAUAGACGUGUUUACACCCAACACAUAUGUCAUGGUAGUCAUGUCUGAUCCUGGCAUUCCUUCUGCAGCCACUCUUAUCAACAUUAAAAAUGCACGCAAACAUUUUGAGAAGCUGGAGAGAGUUGAUGGUGGCCAUCCUUCUAUAACAACUUAGUAACUGUUGACUACUGGCUAUAGACAUACUACCUGAUGUUUGUUUAACAGCAAAGAAGCAAAGUUGACUGGCUGAUGUGUAGUAGUGAGAACUGUUGACCAGCUGCUACCUUUACAAUAUUAGCAACUGUUCAUUAACAUACAUUUAGCAGUAGAUACUGCUGCUUACUACCAAAUAAUUGUAUUUAUUGCAUGUGAAAUAUUAGUGUUAAAUAUAUAUGGUAUUUUCACAAUGAAAAAUAUAUGUUGGAAGUACACUUCAGUGUAAAGGAAUAUGAAUUGUAGAUAGGGAGAUUGGUCAAAAAUGUACUUCCUUAAAACAUUAAAAGCAAAAAUGUAUAUAGUUACAGCAUGAACAUAAAAAAUGUGUAAGACACUUCAUAUCAAAAUGUAAAAGAAAUCAAUGAAUGUAUUUAACCUUUUCUUACAUGAACAUUUUGACAUAAUAAUAUUGUACAUGAUGUAAUGUAGGCAAGAUUGGGAAAAAGAUGUUAAAAUCAUUGAAAGAGUCCUGAAACAAAAAGAAAAUUUGUUGUUUUACAUGUAAGAUCAAAUUAUCUAUCUCUUUUGAAUGCCAGAUUGUACAGUUUCAUUUGUGGCUAUGCCACUUGUGAAAGUCUUAAUAUUCAAAAUAUUUUUAUGUUUCUGUAAAAGCUACUGUUUGUUGAUAUACUGAGUAUUUUAUAUGUGGUUUAUAGUUCUGUUACAAUGUUUUGACAUAGUUUUGUAUAUCUUAUACAUUAUGUGACAUUUACAUGUUCCUAGGUUUGAAUUUCUCAGGUGUUUAAUACCUUUGCUUAGACAAAUGCUAAGUAUAUCUUUCACUGGUAUAUACUAGGUAUAUCUUUCACUGAUAUAUGCUAGGUAUAUCUUUCACUGAUAUAUGCUAGGUAUAUCUUUCACUGAUAUAUAUUAGGUAUAUCUUUGAUAGAUAUGCUAGGCAUAUCUUUGACUGGUAUAUGCUAGGUAUAUCUUUGACUGAUAUGUGCUAGGUAUAUCUUUGAUUGAUAUGUGCUAGGUAUAUCUUUGACUGAUAUGUGCUAGGUAUAUCUUUGGCUGAUAUGUGCUAGGUAUAUAUCUGACUGAUAUGUGCUAGGUAUAUCUCUGACUGACAUAGGCUAGGUAUAUCUCUGACUGAUAUGUGCUAGGUAUAUCUCUGACUGACAUAGGCUAGAUAUAUCUCUGACUGACAUAGGCUAGGUAUAUCUCUGACUGACAUAGGCUUGGUAUAUCCUUCACUGAUAUGUGCUAGGUAUAUCUUUGACUGAUAUGUGCUAGGUAUAUCUUUGGCUGAUAUGUGCUAGGUAUAUAUCUGACUGAUAUAUGUUAGGUUACUAGGUAUAUCCUUCACUGAUAUAUGCUAGGUAUAUCUUUGACUGAUAUGUGCUAGGUAUAUCUCUGACUGAUAUGUGCUAGGUAUAUCUCUGACUGACAUAGGCUAGGUAUAUCCUUCACUGAUAUAUGCUAGGUAUAUAUUUGACUGAUAUAUGCUAGGUAUAUCUUUCAUUGAUACAUGUACAUUUAAUAUGAUAACUCAUUUUUAGAAACAUUUUUAAAUGGUUUAUUAUUAUUUUAAAUGAAAUUUUCAAAGUUUCAGUGCUUGCAAUAAUCAUGCAAUAUGUCUGCUACUGAGUGAUGUCAUUUUUAUGAUCCUGCUUUUUGUACACAAUUGCAUAAUUUUGUAUGUGAAUGAUACCACAAAUCCUUUUACUCUUCUGACAAAAAGGAAUGUAUAACUUUUGUUUGUAAAAAUACUGAAUGCAGUUUCUGGACAUAGAUGAAAUAGUUCUGAUUUAAGGUGAAUGCGUUUAAAUGUCUUGACAAUAGGGUAGUUUUUUUUUUUGUUUUUUUGUUGUUGUUUUUUUUUAGUUAAAAUGAGCUACUAAAUUAAAGAUAGCAAUGUGAAGAAUUUCAAAUAAUAUGCUUCUGCAGAUAAGAAAUGUAUUCUCUUUUAUUUUGAAUCAGAUUGAUGAAUAACAUUAGUUGGUACUGUAAUUUUACCUGGACUUAUAAUAACAAAGUAAAUAUAUUUCUGCAAAAUGAUCCUAUUUAUCUUGACAGCUCACACACUGUUUUAGCUUUACUAUUCCAAGAAUAGUGAGAGCUAUUCUAUUUAUUAACCUGAUGUAGCACUCUGCAUCACACCUUGGUGUGCAGGUGUGCAAGUUAAUAUCUCAGUAACCAUUAUUUAUAUUAGAUUGAAACUUCACACAAGACCUCCUAGUCAUCAUACCUACUAAAAUAACCAAGUUAGAUAACUCUUGGAUGAAUUUUACUCAAAAUGUGACCCUUUUGUGAUUUGAAAAUUUGGUGAAAAUUUUGCAUGCAACCAAUAAGCAAGAUGUAUCUCUGUAAGAACUACAUUUAUUGGACUGGAAAAGUCACCAAAUGCUACCCAGUCAUCAAACCUACUGAAAUAAUCAAGUUGGAUUGCAUUAACUCUUGGUUGAAUUAAAAAAAAUGGCCAUUUCUUGACUAGGAAAAUUUGGUUUAAGUCUACCAUGUAACUGUGAAGCUGUAUCUUGAGAACAACUACAUGUAUGAAAUUGAAACUUCACACAAUAUUUUCCAGUCAUCACACAUAUUAAAGUUAACAAGUUAAGUAACUCUUGGUUGAACUUAAUUCAAAUUAUGGCUUUAGUUUUGACUUGAAACUUUGGUUAAGGUUAUGCAUGAAACUAAGUAUAAGGCUGUUUCUCAGUAACAACUCUGUGUAUUGAAAUGAAACUCCACACAAUGAUUCAGUUUCCACACCUAUGGAAAGGAAGUUACUAGAUAACUUUCGUUUGGAUUAAAUGUAAGUUAUGGCCCUUUUCCAAUUUAGAAAAUUCAGUUUUAGUUGUGUGUGCAACUGUUCUGCUAUAUUUCAGUAACAACUGAACCUUCACGCAUGUCAUCAAAUGUACAUACAUACCUGAGUUAGAGAACUCUUUACAGAGACUUACUAAUUAUGACUCUUUUUUGACUUAGAAAAUUUGGUUGAAGUGUUGUCAUUGUCUUAAUAAAAUUUUAAUUGGUUAUAAAUUGUAAUAAGAUUACUUAGUUACAUAAGCCUUGCAAGGUUAUGGUCCAUGUUUCAACUUAGAAAUUGUUAAUGCUUAGCCUGACAUUUUGGGAAAAUAAUUUCAAACAACACCAAAUCAUCGAAAGAAAGGGUUGUUUCACAUAUAAUUGAACAGCAUAUAAAACAUGUAUAUUGCUCUACAAAACAAUUGACAAUUUACUGAAAUAUACAUUGACUUCCGGAAAAGGACUGCACACUUUCGGAUAGUUCUAUGCCUUUAAAAACUCACCAUUUUCAAUGAACUGUUACAUAUCUUUGUUGAUGCAUUUGCAGUAAUGUCACAGCACUGAAAUUUCACAUAACUGGGUGGAAUGUAGUUUUCAGCGAUUUUUCAUUUUUAUUUCUUUACAAAUGGCAUUCAUUUUUAAAGGGGGACAACUUUUCAGUAUAUUUUAAUUAUCCAUUUUACGGAACAGUACGGCAGAACAUAUAACAGUCAGGUCGAUUGUUGGUAAAGAUGCUGUUUGUUUAUCAAAUAUUUCCAUGUUUUGAAUAUGUACUGCUUAACCUUAGAUAGUGGAGCUUACUGUCUUGUUGACAACUCUUGUAUAAUUGACACUGGGUAUACGAAAUGACAGUUUUGCUUAGAUGUUUUCAUUGAUAACAAACUGUAUUCCACAUAAUAUAUCUAAGAAAGUUAUAUUCACAAUUUGUUAUGUUUGUAUAUAAAUCAGCGAGGAAUUCGAACACAUGUAUAGAAUUAUAUGAAUGUGAAUGGUAAAGUGAGUGAGAUGUUUGUAUUUUAUCUGUGUAUUAAUGUAUGUAAAAAUGUUUCCACGAGAAAACUUCUAUGUACAGUCAGUCUGCAAAGUUCAGUUAUAAGUACACACUGGGCUAUACACAUACUCUGCUUCAGGAUAGGACCAUUAAGAUUGUCAGUCACCUCAGUUAUAUGUGGGAAAGUUGACAAAAAGUAGACACAGUCACCUGAUCUUGUAAGACUUUCUCAAUUGCUUCUUCAUGUCAGUUAUUUCCACUGGACUGGAUAACUUUAGAAUAUGAAGUCUGAUCAGUAUAAAAUAGAAUUCUGUGACAUUCUUUUGUAGGUAAUAACAUUCAAUAAAACUUUUUGCAGUGAUAAAAUGAAGUGCUAGUCUUAUAAGUAUCAGUGAAAUAUGCAAACCAGUGAAAUAUCUAAGUUUAAGACAAUUAACUGUUUUAUCCACUUUUUUCAUAACAAAAUGUUCCCUUAAUUUCUCUUCAAAUGUGGAGUAUACCAUCCAUAUUAUACAUAUUUCUAAAGAACUUUAAACUUUCAAUCUUAAUUAGAAUUGAUCACCAAAAGCAAUUUCCAUUGUAUAUUUAGGACACUAAAAAGAAAGAAUAAUUUAGAUUUUUGAUUAAGUUGUUGAUGAAUUGUUAAAUAGCCAUAAGUUUACCUUCAUUAGCAUAAUGAAUAUUUCAAAAAAAUUAAACAAUUAGAUAGUUGUUUAGCAGAGCUAAGUUAGGGUGCAUAUAGUAAUAUUUUUGUGUCAAGUAGAAAAAUUAAUUGAUGGUACCCACAAUGUAUUUUACUGUUUAUACAUAUUUCAUUUCGACAAAAAAAUGUGUGACAGUGUUAGCUCAUGGACAGGUUUAUUUUUGGCGUUCCAUAUUCCCACGCCCAGAAAUUAUUGAUGCUUGAAAUGGAUCAUAUGUUGAAGUUGAUCAAGAUAUAUGCUUUAUUUCUGUAUUAUGUAGCAUUUCAUCUUGGAAGUCUUUGUUGAUUUUAUUUAUAUAUCUGGGUGAUUUUGAUGCUUUCUUUUCCAUGAAGCAAGCACUAAAGUAACUCUUCCAUUGUGUGUGCGGACAGGUGGGUGGUGUCUACUACAGUUGUCUGCUCUUUUACUGAGAUGCUCUCCUCAUUUAGUCACAGUCUUUAUGGUCAGUUUCCAUAACUGGUUCUGUAAAAAAGAACAGUGAAUACAAUAUUAAUAAUAACGAUAAUAAUACUGUUAAUUGUUUAUUUAAAAAAAAAAGAUGUUAACAUGGCUGAGUAGAGUUACCACAGGAACAAUUACCUGAGAGCCAGAUGUUUCAAUCCGCACCUUCUACCAGUGAUAGAUACCGUAUUUUUCAAAUGAUGAAAUAAUUGAAAUAAAACAAAUGCUUUUAGUCAAAA